AACCAAUUUGAAGAGCAUGGCAUUUUAGUUGAUGUUUAUCCUUUAAUUAUUAAUCAAAAUUUAGUUUAUAUUGAAGAAUCGACAUCGAAUGAACUUGAUAUAUCAACUCUUUCGUCCCCUUAUCGAUCAAUCGAUUGUUCCAAUAAUGAUUGGCCUGUACUGGCUAGCAACAAUCAAUUUUUAAUAUUAGAUCAAUAUCCAAAUUUAUGUUUAUUUAAUAAAGAGUUGACUCUUUUAAAACAAACUUCAUGGGAAUAUGAUCGCAUUCCUGAUAUGUGUUAG